UUGAGAGCCGAUCUUCUAGUACCAUAUUAGUCGAGUGAGAAUGCGACUUUGCAGUAUAAAUGAGACGAAUCAGUUCAGGAAUAUCAUAAUCUAUAGGUCUUAUCUUGAACGAUGGCUUACAAAUUUGUAUUUCUGUUUCUCAUUGCUUCGGUAUUUGUGGUAAGAGCUGAAUAUCUGGUUUGCAAAUCUAUCAAUGAAGUUUUCCAUUCAAGAGAUAUUAAUGCACCGCACAACUCAACAGGAAUACGAGGACCUCCUGGUCGACCUGGAAAAAGGGGAGCUCCUGGCACAAUUGGGAAUCCUGGUCCAGUUGGUCCACAGGCAGUAGUCGACUGGGACAGAAUUGAAACAAAAAUUCGUCAAUUGGUCGAAAACUAUACGAGAUGCUCAGGAUUGAUUUACCACGGUCGAUGUAUAAAGCUGAUCUACACAGCUGGCUACCCCACAACAAAACAAGAAUCGGAAAAUAUUUGCCGUUUCUACGACGGGCAACUGAUUGACAUCGAAAGUAAAGAAAUGUACGACCUUGUCUACAAUUACGUGAAAAAUGCCUGGAAUUCAAAGGUGGACACGGACCUUAGUUUCGUAGAUGUGUGGCUGGCUUCCACAUACGAGAACAACAUGGUGAGAAUGCGCAACGGGAGCAGUGGUUAUGUGGAGUGGUAUCCUGGAUACCCUACCUCCCAUGCUGGCCACAACGUGUUGGCUUUACUCGUUGCUAUUAAACCAACAAGGACACAAAUUGGAAUAUUCAACGUUCCCCCAAGUUUUAGCAGACCAGUUCCAUUAUGUGAAUUUCCGCUAUAGGAGGGAAAUAUAGCUGCAAAUCCUGCUGAAACGUUACUGCAAUAUAUGAUGUUAACAAUUGGCUGUACCGAAAAUGCUUUAAUAAAACUAACCACCAUCUAA